ACUGGCACUGCACGUGGGAAAGUAAACACAGAAGUCAGAAACCCUUAAAUCCUGUUCUUUAUACGGCUAGUCACUGUGAUUAGACAUGAUAGUUUAAUAGAUGUGGAGUAGGUGGGGCCAAAACCUAUUCAGACUGACAAUUGCAAGGUGCUCUCCAAGGACAGUGUCAUUGAUUUAUAGAAUUUCACCAAACUUCCCAAAUCACAAAUUAGUUGUUCUAGGGACUGAUAAAUAUACAUUGAUGAAAAGGAAAUGCCACAGUGUUCAACAGGAGCCAAGGAGAAAAUCCAGAAAGUUAUGGUGCCUACAAAGUCGGAGAAUGAUAAACGAGAAUACAGGUCCAUUGUCCUUGAUAACGGCCUUCGUGUCUUAUUAAUUUCCGACCUGGAUGGUAAAGCUGCAACUGAAAUUGAUGAUGACGAAGAAUCAGAAGAUGAAUCUGGAUCUGAAUCUGAAUUGGACGGUCCUCUGUCUGAUGAGGAAGAGGAGGAGGAUAACAUUGAUACGGGGGAUGAUAGACCAGGGAACUCCAAAGCACCGACAGAGAAAAAGUCAGCUGUAGCUCUGUGUGUUGGAGUUGGAAGUUUCUCUGAUCCAGAUGAUAUCCCUGGAUUUGCACAUUUCUUGGAACACAUGGUUUUUAUGGGUAGUGAGAAAUACCCAAAGGAAAAUGAAUUAGAUGACUUCCUGGGGCGUCAUGGUGGAUUCUCUAAUGCUUGGACGGACUGUGAAAAGAGCUGUUUUUACUUUGAUGUAGAGAGGAAAUACUUUCGUCGAGCCCUUGACAUGUUUGCACAUUUCUUCAUCAGUCCUUUGUUCCAAGAGGACUCAGUGGAUCGUGAGAUUGAGGCUGUAGACAGCGAGUUUCAGAUGGCUCUUCCAAACGAUGAUGACCGUAUCAAUGCUUUGUUGGGCACUCUAGCGAAACCAGGACAUCCAAUGUCCAAGUUCUUCACAGGAAAUGCAAAAACACUGAGAACCAUUCCAAAGCAGAAUGGUAUCAAUGUUUACAGUCGACUCCGAGACUUCUACACCCGGAUGUAUUCCUCACACUACAUGACUGUGGCCAUGCAAUCCAAGGAUAGCCUUGAUAACCUUGAGGAAUGGGCGAAAGAGGUGUUCUCUGCUGUACCACACAAUGGUCUUCCCCAACCUGUGUUUCAUGACUUAAAGGAUCCAUUUGACACCCCAAAGUUCAGGAAGAUGUAUAAAGUGGUACCGGUGGAGGAUACACACAAGUUGUAUGUCAGCUGGGCAUUCCCUCCCUCCCUGGACCAGUACAGGACAAAACCUCUAGAUUACCUGUCCACAUUGUUGUGUCACGAGGGCCAGGGCAGCAUCCUUGCUUACCUUAAAGAGAAACUCUGGGCACUGACCAUCAUAGGAGGAUACAGUUACGAUGGAUUUGAGAUGAAUUCAACGGCAACUAGCUUCUCUGUUGUUGUCACUCUCACCGAUGUUGGUCUGGAACAUUAUGAGGAGGUGGUACAGACAGUCUUCCAAUACAUACACAUGUUGGAGGAGGUAGGCCCUCAGGAGUGGUUGUACCAGGAACUGAAACAGAUAGAGGACAGCAAGUUCAGAUGGAAAGAACAGGGGGAUCCUAUGAACUAUGUGGAGAAGGUAUCUGAGAGCAUGCAGAUGUUUCCCUGGGAAGACAUCCUCACUGGUCGUACGAUCAUGUAUGAUUAUAAUCCAAAGACGAUAUCUGAUUCCUUGGCCCGUUUAUCACCAGACAAUUGUAACAUACUGCUGAUGUCUGACAAGUUUGAAAACACUGACCAAUGUCCACUGGAGGAAAAAUGGUACAAGACGAAAUAUGGAGUCAAUGACCUUUCUAGUGACUUGAUCCAGAGACUUAAAGACUCUGGGUGUAAUCCAGCUCUACAUUUACCAAAACCAAAUGCCUUCAUAGCCACAGAUUUUGAUCUUCGAAAACAUGAAGACGAGUUGAAGGACCCAAAACUAUUAAAAAGUGAUGAAAAUGGAAAACUUUGGUUCAAACCAGAUACCAAAUUUAAAGUUCCUAAAGGUUAUAACUACAUCCAUCUGAUGUCCCCCGUUGUCUACAAGUCUUUGGACAGUGCUAUCCUGUUAGAUUUCUUUGUGAACCUGUUGGAGCACCAAUUGACUCUGGUGGCCUAUCCUGCAUAUCUCGCUGGAUUUGAAUAUGGAGUGGAAGGACACGAGACUGGACUCGUUCUACAUAUGAGUGGAUUUUCUCAUAAAAUGAAGGCCAUCACAGACUUGUUACUGGACCAUGUGUUUGGGUUUCGGUGUACUGUUAAUGAGUUUGAAAUGAUGAAGGAGGAGGUCACCCGUAUCUACAACAACGACAUGAUCAGGCCAGAUAAGCUGGCUAGGAUGUUGAGAUUUGCUGUUACUUCCCCUCUGAACUGGCCUGUCCCAGACCGCCUGGGUCGCAUCAACAAUAUAACGCAUGACAUGUUUGAACGCUUCAUUGAAGAGUUUCAACGCUAUGUCUGGGUAGAAAGCUUCUUGACUGGAAACUUCUCUGAGGAGGAAGCAGCAUGUUACAAGGAGAAGAUCAAUUCUGUAUUACCAGGAACACCUCUUCCCGUCUCACAACUCCUCCAGAAACGGUUGUGCCAGGUACCUGUGGGAGAUACCUACUGUCAGGUCCGAGGCCAUAACUAUGACGAUAACAACUCGUGUGUGGUCGUCUACCUUCAGUCAGAGCCAGGAACGCUCUACACCAACACAGUCAAUGAACUUCUAGGGACUCGUAUGACUGAGCCCUGUUUUGACUUCCUGCGUACUAAGCACCAGCUGGGCUACAGCACAUAUAUUGAGUUUCUGGUGACAAACGGCAUUCUGGGACUGUCUGUCACUGUCGAGUGCCAGGCCAACAAAUUUAGUAUGAGUACAGUAGACAAACACAUUGAUGACUUCCUGGUAGAAUUCAGAUCAAUUCUCGACAGCAUGACAGAGGAGGAGUUUAAAUCACUGGUAGACUCUGUGAUUGCCAGUAAACGCUGUGAGGACACACACCUUGGAGAGGAGGCCAGUCGCCACUGGAGGGAAAUCUACGACCAGACCUACAUCUUUGAUGUACUAGAGCGCGAGAUCAAUAUAUUACCGACCUUGACAUUGGACAUACUGAAGGAUUGGUAUUCACAGUAUGAGAAAGGAAGGCACAGGAAAAUCAGUUUCCAGAUUGUCGGAAAGACUGAGAGCCAACCAUCUUCGUCAGAUUCUGUCGAUGAGCCGAAGGAGAGGGCAUCAAGUGUAGAGACAUAUCCCCUAACCUGCCUGGUAGACGAGGACCAAGGCACUGCCACACCCAUCAGGGAUGUUAAACUGUACAGACAAGCUCUCAGUGUGCUUCCAUUUACAAAAAUAAUCUCCUGACCCUACAUAUUUAUUUAACGGAAUAAAAGCUGAUUUGUCUUCC